CGGAGUAUUUUUAAGUUAGUUUUUGUCGUUUUCAUACCACAGCACAAACUAUGAUGGUAAAUUUCGUAAUUAUGAUACAAUGUUAGUGACAGAAGCGAAAGUCAAAAUAUGUGAAUCGAAACAAAAUCUUAAACCGGAUUGGCCAUGUAUUAUUGGAGGAUUUAAACGUUCUCAACAGAUGAAGGUAAUGGUUGUAAUGUUGUAGUUAUAAAAAACGACCCAAACCAAACAAUAAAGACGUUGACCUUUUUUAGGCCUUUGACCAUACUGUAAGAACACCAAAGGCAAAACAAGUAACCGAAGCCAACAGAGUGGAGAGAGUAGAACCAAAAAGAAGAGAGCAGCUUUAUUGUUUUGUUUUGUUUUGUUUAGUUUUUAGGUAAUGACCGUUUCAAACGUAACUGUUAUUUUCUAUUUUCCUUCUCAUGUUCCAUCAUAACCGAAGCCUUCUUUUGCGCCCUCAUCCACAACACACACCAAACCUCUCUCCCUUUUAUUCUCCUCAUUACAUCACUCUUUCUACCUUCCCCUCUCUCUCUCUCUCUUUCUUGCGUUUUUGCUUUUUUUUUUUAAUACUCAUUGGCUGAAUUCGUGAUGGAGAACACUGUGAACAUGUUUUGGAAGAGCGUGUUCCCGAGAUCACCCACUAGGCUGCAAAGGCAAGCACCCGCGGCUCUGCAUCUUGACCGUGUUCCCGAGAACCCCUUUCUGCAGCAGUCUUGUGAUGCUGUUGCAGGCGCAGCUAUUCCUCUGCUUUCACCUCUCUUUGUUUCUCCAAAUUCGCAAUCUUCUCUCUCACCAGAAGGCCACGUAAAUCCAUAUCAGCACGCUUCUCCAUCUGGAGUAGAGCACGAUUUUUCGUUCCCGGUGAGUAUUACUCAGAAGAACGGACCUCAGCCGUCAAUGGACAAGGAAGGGUUGCAAUAUUCAGCUAAGGCCGACUAUAGUGACCAGAUUGGUCUCUUGAAUAUUUUUCAGACCAAGUGCGUGCUUGUACAUCAUUCGCAGUGAGGGUUUUAGCAUUUAGAAUGGUCCCUUGAUGUUUCAGAAUCCAAAUGUUUUUCAAUAGUUUUCUUAUUAACCCAUUUCUCAAGACAUAUAUAGCUACUAGCUAGAUACAAUUGUAAGAAACUAAGAAAGAUCCAGCUUUUGGGAA